AUGUGGGACCGGCUGCGGGGCAGUCGGGCGGCGGGCGGCGGCCAGAGUGCGGCCGCGAUGGCGCAGCGGGACGAGAAAGCGACGGGGGAAGGCGAGGGCGAUGGAGAAGCCCGUGCCGGGGUUCAGCCGAGCGGGGCCGAACGGGGCCCGAGCGGGGCCGCCGCGUCCUUCCAGCCCCCCGAGGGCGGCUUCGGCUGGGUGGUGGUUUUCGCUGCCGCUUGGUGCAACGGCUCCAUCUUCGGCAUCCAUAACUCCUUCGGGAUCCUCUAUAUGAUGCUGCAAAGCGACCUGGGAGAGAGCGAGAAGGACCCCGCGCUGGAGUUUAAAACAGCAUGGGUUGGCUCCUUGGCCAUGGGAAUGAUUUUCUUCUGCUCUCCUAUUGUCAGCAUCUUCACCGACCGGAUUGGUUGCAGGACCACUGCAGCCUCAGGAGCUGCCAUCGCCUUCAUUGGACUCCUCUCCAGCUCCUUCACCAAAUCUCUGGAAGUUCGUUAUUUCACCUAUGGGAUCCUCUUUGGCUGUGGCAGCUCCUUUGCCUUCCAGCCCUCACUGGUCAUCCUUGGUCACUACUUCAAGCGUCGCCUGGGCUUGGCUAACGGCAUCGUGGCCGGCGGCAGCUGCCUCAUCUCCGUGCCGCUCCCCUUCUUCAUGAAGGUGGUCGGGGAGGCCAUUGGGCUGGCACAUACAUUCCAAGUACUCAGUGCCUUAUUGCUCAUCCAGAUAUUCUUGUCCUUGACCUACCGGCCCAUCUUGCCACCUUCUUGUGAAUCUCAGCACGCUGGGCAGGACAAGCUGGGCAGCCGGAGCGCGCGGCAGCAGUGCUGGGCUCAGACACGCAAAUAUUUCAACCUGAGGAUUUUCCGGAGAAAGACCUAUCGGAUCUGGGCCUUUGGCAUUGCUACUGCUGUCCUGGGAUAUCUCGUACCUUACAUGAAUCUGGUAAAAUACGUGGAGAAGCGCUUUCAAGAAACCAAAAAGGACUGGAUCCUCCCAGUGUGCCUCGGAGCCAUGUCUGGGCUGGGGCGCUUGGUUGCAGGUCGCAUUGGUGACUGCAUUCCUGGGCUGAAGAAGAUUUACCUGCAGGUCGCAUCCUUCAUGCUGCUGGGCAUCCUGUGCAUGAUGAUCCCCCAGUGCCGAGGGUUCGAGGGCGUCAUUGUCAUCUGCCUCUUCCUUGGCCUUUGUGAUGGCUUCUUCACCACCAUCAUGGCCCCCAUCGCCUUUGAGCUGGUGGGACCCAUGCAGGCAUCCCAGGCCAUAGGGUACCUCAUGGGGCUGAUGGCAGUGCCCAUGACCGCAGGCACACCAAUAGCAGGAUACCUCAACGAUUAUUUUGGGAAUUACGACGCUGCCUUUUAUUUUGCUGGAGUCCCCCCCAUCAUCGGCGGCUUGGUGCUCUCUGUCGUCCCACUGAUCCAUCAGAAGAUGCUGAAGAAGCAGCGCCUGGAUUCUGGCAAAGACAAGAUGCUGGUCUCGGAGGCGGUGGUGAAUGGGGAGCUGCUGCCAGGCUGUCCUGCCUCUGAAGCCCCCAUGUAG